CGCUGACUGGAGUGUAAGCCUCUGGGGGCUGGGAGCACAGUGAGCCUCUCCCCUUGUUCCUAGGAUCCAUGGUUAGAUAGAGCAGCUGGCUUAGGGUCCGUUAGCCCUGGCUAUGGCGUGAGUUGUAUGAAGGGAAAACUCUCUCUCCAAAAUUCAUUAAUCUCUAAAUAUUCAGUAUAAUUUAGCCCUGGGGAUUGUAACCUGGCUGACAAUGGCUGCCAUUUCUGAGAACCCUUGGGUGGGUUGGGCCACAGGACUCACAGAACACUGUCUAGUGAAUGGAGAGGGAAUGAGGCCAAGCUCAGAUAGCCAAGCCUGAAGUUAAAGCUAAGGGCAGAUUUGUCAGGGCUCCCAUUUUUUCAGGGGUUCGGGGCCCAGGUAGCCCUGAUGGAUGAGAGGUAGAUUUUUCUCAAGGGGUGAAAAGACCUGGCCCCCUCAACUCUAAGCUGCUGUCCCAACUGUCCUGCUAGAGGACAGGCAGGCAGGGGUGGGAGGGUGAGAGUGAGGGCAGCUGGCCCAUUUUCUACACCACUCUGGAAAUGAAGAGCUGGGUUUAGUGUCCCUGUCACUGAGCCUGGCAGGUAGGAGACCUUCCCAGGACUCUGCCCUAGCCUGAGCUUUCUCAGUGUGUUGUGCCUUAGACACCUAGGCUACUACUGUGGCCAGAAGACCAAACCCCUCUCAUGGCUCUUGGGACAUGUGACCCCCUCUUUGGAGCAGCUACGGGGUAGGGGGCUCUUUAUGGGUGAAAUGAUAGACACCAGGCUGGGCUGGGUGCCCCACCCCCACCCUGAUUACCUAACAAUUGCUCCCUGGCGUCAUGAGAGCCGAGAGGGUGGGUUCUGUGACAUGCUGGGAAUGGGCUCUUGGGGGGAACUGCCUCAGAGGCUUUGGGUGGACAUAAGCCUCCCUAACACCAAUGAGCUCCCCCUCCCACACCCCUAAUCCAUCCCCAACCCAGUCCCCAUCCCAGUCCCGGUCUAACCACGCUGACAAUUCAAACAACCAGCAGCCCCUCCCGAGCUCUGGAGGCGCCGCCCCCUCCCCCUCCCCUUCCCCCACCCGAGGGGGGACUCCCACCCGCCAAACAUCUCAUAACCCCACCCCAGUGCCCUCUCAGCCGUCCUCCCGGGCUUCCUCCCAAUCUCCAAGUCCUCAUAUUCAACAUGUGCCGCGAGGGUCUACUCAAGUCCCUACUCCUCCAGCCUCCAAAUCUCCCUCCCAGACUGGAUUAAAAUCCCUCUCUCGAAACCCUUCCCUGACACCCUCCAAGUCCCCUUCCCACAGCCCUGUCAACUCGGCCUCCUACAUCGGGCCCCGGGCCAUCCCCUCCUACAUUGCCCCCUAUGUGCCACGUUUCAUGAAAGAGACCCCCUAUUUCCAGCCCCCUACAGCACCUCUUCCUUACAAUCGGUGCUUUCCCUGCCCCUUUCCAUGCCAGGCCCAGGAAACCAGGCAGCCCCCACCCCCGCCCCCUGACUCCAUCUACUUCCCCCUCCUGCCACCGCCCCCUCACGUUCCCCAGGUGCACUGCUCCUUCCCCACCCCUCCGUCCCUGUUCAUCCCGCCGUCCUCCCUCUCCUACACUCCACCGACGGAGGUCCUGCUGAAGGGGAAGCCGCACGUGGUGCCGUCGGUGCUGCCAGCCACCUUCUAUACCCCGUUCUCCCGCUUCUACUCCCAGCCCCGGCCCUACCGCUACCACAGGCGCUUAACCCUCCCUUCGCUCUCCUUUCAAUACGAUGGUGCUGGACGCUCUGUCCACUUCUAUCGUGGGACCUAG